GGGGAUGGGGUCCCCUGACCCCUCCGCCCGUCCCCACGCCGCAGGUUCGGGGCCGAGGAGCCGCACGAGGAGAACCGGGUGCACCUGGGCAACGCCAUCAUGUCCUUCUACGCCGCCCUCAUCGACCUGCUGGGCCGCUGCGCCCCCGAGAUGCACCUGAUCCAGGCGGGCAAGGGCGAGGCGCUGCGCAUCCGCGCCAUCCUGCGCUCCCUGGUGCCCCUCGACGACCUCGUGGGCAUCAUCAGCCUCCCGCUGCAGAUCCCCACCUUCGGCAAAGACGGGAACCUGGUGGAGCCGCGGAUGUCGGCCAGCUUCGUGCCGGACCACAAGGCGCCCAUGGUGCUGUUCCUGGACCGCGUCUACGGCAUCGAGACGCAGGAGUUCCUGCUGCGCCUGCUCGAGGUCGGCUUCCUGCCCGACAUGCGCGCGGCCGCCUCGCUCGACACGGUGAGACGGGGCGCGGGGGGGGGGGGGGGGGCCCAAACCCGCCCCCGCCCCAAUGGGGGGUCUUCGGGGGUCCCCUG